UUGAUUUUUCGCAGGUGCAACUAAGUUGCACUGUGUAAAAUCGCGUUGCGUGUGCAAAGCAGUAAAGUUCGGCCACACGGGAUAAAUCUAUCCGCCUUUCGUAUCGUCAUCCGGGAAGGCAUCAGCGAAACAAGAGUUGCGUGUGUAUACACACACUCUCCUCACCGACGGUGGUGUGCGGGCCGAUUAGUGUGUCGGUAUGCCUCGUGUAAACUUUAGCCGAACUGAGCGAUUCGCUCAGAUGUCGAAGCAGGAGCAACUGAUCGCCCAAAAACGCCAGCAGAUCCUAGAGAAGCAGCGCACGUUGGAAUUGGCCAAACAGAUAGCAGCCGAAGCGACGAAGGAUACGCCGAGCAGUACCACCGAAGUGCCGGAGGCACCAGAAGCGGCGGGGAAGGUUGUGCUCCCGUUCAGCAACGACGGCUCGUUUCUGGAGCGCUUCAAGCAACUUAGUGAAAAAAUCGUCAAGCAAACCGAGGACCAAGUGAAACCACUGUUGGAAGAACCGGAUGCGACGGCAAGCGCCGAACCGGUUCCAUUAGUGGGUGUGUCCGCUGGCACCAGCGGAGAACAGAUGUUUAAAUUUGACGUACCGCCACCAUCGUUGCUUCCUACACUACCACCUCCGCCACCGCCACCACCACCACAGCUUCCGGAAAUGGCCGAUGAAGUGCACUUUGAACCGUUUUACGAUUUGCCCCCCGUUGCCCCCACCGGCUCACCAUCGGCCGAUGGCACGGAUGAGGUGGGCCGCCAUGAGACUGCCACAGGCGAGGUAGAAACAAACUUCCAAGUAUUUUCAGAACAUGAUAAAUUACCAACCACAGUUGAAGAAUUAAUUCAAUUGGUUGCCGAUAUCGGUGAUGUUUAUGAAGAAAAAUUAUGUUCACGUAAAAAUGAUUUGCAUCCAUCGCUUUGGUUCAUAUUCGACAAGCAGUCCGAGGCGUACCGUGGCUACCGUCGGAUGAUCGUCGUGCAGCGGCAAUCGAGGGGCCAUUCGGAGGGGCACCCCAAUGUGGCUUCCGGUGAUGCGUUCGGUGGCAAUGCACGCUCCCAGCUAGACGGGAAUGGUGGCGGCACAAUGGUUGAGGAGGACGAGGAUGAUACCAAAUACGAUCCGGCCGACGUGCUGGACGAUUCAAUUAUUGAUGAGACGAACGAGGAAGUUUCUAGGCAGAAGCCGGACGGAGGUGGCGAGGGAACGGCAGCGGUAGGUGAGACGGCAGGAGCGGCUGGUGCGGACAUUCCUAUCCAUAUGAUGCCCAACUUCUACGGCGACGAGCGGCACUUCUACGACGACAAGUCGACCACGGAGACGGACUCCGACACGGAGUACGUGCGGGAGGCGCGUGAACGCAACCUGAAGAAUCUCAAGCGCAAAACGUUCGAUGCCGGGAAUCGGCGCGAGGAUGGAAGUUCGACCGACUCCGACGAUGACUACAACGGUGGGCUGGGGGACAGUGCGAAUGAGUCGAUGAACGAGAAGAAUGGCGGAAGUUCGGGCGCUGGUGGAAGUGCCACGGGUGGCAGUGGAGGUGGUGGGGGAUCACGUGGCCAUCGGCAGAAGUUUCGCAAAAAGUCACGCUGGGGAGACAACACCGACGCGGGUACCGGAACGGCUGGCAGUCAGGAUGGAAGCCAGCAACAGCAACAAGGUCAGGGUGGUCCGAGCACUUCCGGCAAUGUGUCGGGAUCGUUCACCGCCGGUACUUCGCGCGAUGGGCAGCAGCCCGCCCCAUGGAGUGGAGCAACCGGGGGAAAGGUAAUGAAUGUGGUUGAUACCUCCCAACCACCACCGCCUCCACCGCCACCACCGACCCUGGCACCCGGUGUCAUUGAUCGUAACAAUCCGGGACUGCUGCAGUACGUUUUUCAACAUUACGGCUCGGUGGCGGACAUCUCGGCGGAGUGCUGGAACAAAGCACAAGAGCACUAUCGGCUGCAGCUCCUGUUUGACGAUCUUACUUCGAAGAUUCAGCAACACGAGCGGUACGUUCGUGGUGGUCCAUCGCCAGCAGCUGGUCCUAACCGAGGGAACGUGGAACGGGGCAGAGACUCGGACGAGGAACGUCGGCUUAACACGGCCAAACUGGAGGCGAUCAUGUGCUGGAUAAACGAGAUAACGCGCUUGUACGAGCGCGUCCGGCCAGGGCAUUUGAGCGAGUUCCUCAUGCGUGGCGAUUAUGAGCGGUUUAUCGAUCAGUUCCGGCGCACGUCGGACCGGCAGCCGAACUUUGAGGACUACAAGGAGUUUCGUCUGCGGGAGGCGAAUGGCGUAGCGAAACCGUCCGGAACGGGUGGACCGGAAACGCAGUCGGGUGGCUCACGUAGACCCGAGUACAGUUCUACCGAUUCCGAUUUCGUUUCCUACCAAGACCAACCUCCAAGUUCCAUGCAAUCGCAACAAGGUCGUCAACAGCGCCAGUCUGGUGCCCAAGGAGAAACAGGAGGAAAACGUAGCGGAGGAGGAGGUGGAGGAGAGAUGGGACAGUCGAGGGUCGGUCAGGAUCCGUCCACUUCUUCUUCGUUUGCCGGUGAGAAACGCACCGCCGAGGAAGCCGACCUGCAACACGAGCAGCAGCAACAGUUGGCAGCCAAACGACGCAAAAGUCGUUGGGGUGGUCAGGCGGUCGACUGUGGACCACGGUUCGUGCCCAGUCAAUCUCCGUUCUCGGCCGGGGGUAACGCGCCGCCAUUACUCAACCACCCACCACCUCCGCUCCCACCGCUGACGAAAGCACCGCCGGCGAAAUUGAGUGCCGUAAACCGCACCGAUCCGGCCCUGUUGGCGUACGCACGGCAAAACUUCGGUACGACCAACCUCAGCGAGGAGGACUGGAGGAAGGCGGAAGAUCACUACAAGAUCAACCUGCUGUACCAGGACAUGCUGCGGAAGCGGCAGGAGAUCGAUCGGUUGGCCAACAGUGGGCGGUUCAAGUACGAGUACGAUUCGGACGAGGACACGACGGGCGGCACGUGGGAGCACAAGCUGCGCCAGCAGGAGAUGGAAGCGACCCAGAAGUGGGCCAACGAGCUGACACGACAGUCGGAGGGCAAGCACCACAUUGGUGAUUUUUUGCCACCGGAAGAGCUGCGCAAGUUCAUGGAGAAGUACGAGGCGCAGAAGAACAACCGUCAGCCAAACUUGAGCGACUACAAGGACUACAAGCUGCGUGAGGACAACGUCGGGUUUCAGAUGCUCCAGAAGCUUGGCUGGAAGCAGGGCCAGGGUCUCGGGGCGGACGGAAGUGGCAUUAUCGAUCCGAUUAACAAGGCAGCGCAACGGGAUAAUAAUCAGGGUUUGGGCAUCAUUACGCCGGACAACCCGGAAGUGAACGAUAACGAGUAUGACGCGUACCGGAAAAGGAUGAUGUUGGCAUACCGUUUUCGGCCGAAUCCGCUGAACAAUCCGCGACGGGCGUACUACUAGCUGCGGGGUCAUAUUGGUAGAUAAAUUACGUCUUCCGGACGUGUCCGGAAGCGAUGUUAAGCUAAAUUAAUUCAUAAACAACUAAGUGUAAACACGUUACGAGAAACCUUGGAUGCAGUCGCAGUAGAAAGGUACACAAGCGGAACAAGUUGUUGGUUUCGUUCGAUUGCGAAAUUAUACGCUGCUGAUUGGUGUAAUGGUAUUCGCUUUUUUCCGCUCCGUUCGAAUCUGCUCCAUUUUCGCUAACGUUAUGUGCAUGGCCACAACAGUGGAUCGUAUGCUUUAGGCGGCAUUUAGACCACAUUUUCCGACGGAACACAUAGGCCGCGUCUCUUCUCAACUCCCUCUGAGCCGUCAGAUGAACCUUGCAGGAGAACACCGAACGUGUGACACGGGGCUGACCCGUUUUGACCGUUUGUUUUUUGACCUGGUCGCGAAAAUCGGUUACAACAUUGCAAAAUAAACUAAUUUAUGUCGUAUUUAUGGCGCAGAAAGAUGCGCAAACCGUUGAAUGAAAGUAAGAGCACGCAUGCGAACAAAAUAUUGCAAAUUUAAAAAUUAGAUUAAUUACACGCCGCCGGAGAAUGCAGCGACGGAUUGAGUAAUAUUUGUAUAAUGCGUUCUUUAGGCUGAUUUGUUGUUUAUAAGCGAUUUAAAUAUAAAAUAAAAUUAUAUGUGGCACUAUACGGUCGAC